GAGCAGCGGCACUGCGGGGUCUCUUCCACGAACAACAACGCGGAAGUUUGCGUAUUUUGACCAUAGUGAAGCAGACAUGGCUUCUAAUGGAGGCUCUGUGGACGGUCUUCUGUCUUAUGAAACACUUGUGCACGCUGUAGCCGGCGCGAUGGGCAGUGUGACAGCAAUGACCGUGUUCUUCCCCCUGGACACAGCCAGAAUUCGAUUGCAGGUGGACGAGAGCCGAAAGUCCAACUCCACUCCUGUGAUUCUGGCUGAGAUUGCAAAAGAGGAGGGCGUAAUGUCUCUCUAUCGUGGUUGGUUUCCUGUAAUCUCUAGUCUGUGCUGUUCCAACUUUGUCUACUUCUACACAUUCAAUUCCCUGAAGCGGAUGAUGGUCCUGGAAAAAGGGCAGUCCAGGCCUGGCAGAGACCUUGUCAUGGGCUUCAUCGCGGGGACUGUGAACGUGCUCCUGACUACACCCAUGUGGGUGGUGAACACUCGGCUGAAGCUACAGGGAGCGAAAUUUCGGAACGAAGACCUCCAGCAGACACACUACAAGGGCAUUUUUGACACUUUCUCUCAGAUCAUAGCUGACGAGGGAAUCGGGGCACUGUGGAACGGCACGCUCCCGUCCCUGCUGCUGGUCUUCAACCCUGCAGUGCAGUUCAUGUUCUAUGAGGCCAUGAAGAGGAGGGCAGGGCAAAAUGGACAGAAGAUUUCAUCCCUUCAGAUCUUCAUCAUCGGAGCCAUCGCCAAGGCUAUCGCAACAACGGCCACUUAUCCGCUGCAGACUAUUCAGUCCAUUCUUAGGUUUGGCCAACACAAAUCACAAGAGAAAGGAGGUUUACUGGGCAGCAUACGCAACCUGGUGAAAUUACUAAUGGACAGAAUCAAGCGCAAUGGAGCGCUCAGCCUGUACAAAGGUCUGGAGGCGAAGCUUCUUCAGACGGUUCUGACGGCAGCUCUCAUGUUCAUGGUUUAUGAGAAGAUCACUUCUGUUACCUUCAAACUGAUGGGCCUCAAUAAGAAGCUGAAGCAUUAACGACAAUUAUGCCUUACAACUAACGAGUUAGCCUGCUUCCAUUACUACCUUUCUAACUCUGUAAUGCCAGAUCUUAUCCAUCAUCCCUUCACCAGAACAGGGGCUCAAUUAUCAAAGAUCAUCUCAAAUGUCUAUAAUUUUGGAUAACUUUGUCUCAUUUCAUUUACUGUCAGAUUUUAGAAAUGAUCUUAAACACCUUUUAGUGUAAUUCUUAAUUCUGUACAGUGAAGACUGUAUGGAUUUGUGAAUUUAAAACUUUUUUAGAAAUAUUAUUAGUGGCGAUAAAAUUUAUGGACACUUAGAAAGAUUUCAGCAGUAACCGUACAUACGGGCCCCAGUAGGGAACCAUGCUAUUAUUUUUCUCUCAUUGACAUGUCUUAAAACUUUGUCUUUCAGUAUUUUUACUGGAAUCGUCUGGGAAAUGUUAUGUAAUGCUGGCUCCAUAUGCAAUAACGGGAAAUUUGGGAAAUUCUAGUUGGGCAAUUAAUGUCUUGUUUUAUUUAAUUCUCUUUAAAGAGUCAGAUAUGUAUUUACAAUAGUUCAAAUAUUCUUGAAAAAAUAUUUUAGCUGUAUGUGAAAAAAAAACUGCAUUGAUGAGUCGGAUAGUGAUUCGUGUGUCUGUAUCAUUCAGUUCUUACUCAAAUGUGAGAGGUUACAUCUCCAUCUGUAAGGUGGACAUUUGUCAUUACCUGCACUGAUUGAUUAUUUUUUUGUGUGUCUUUUAAAUAACUAUUAUUACCCUUUUUUGUGGGCUAGAGAACAAAACCUGAAAUACUUUCAGCUACACAUUUAGCCUUUUUUUUGUCCAUCAGCACAUUAAUUAGGUAAAGAGUUUAUUAAGAAUUCAAAUUACUGUGCAAAUGUAUGCAAAUCUUCAACUCAAAUAAUCCUUGAGGUAAAUUUUAUUCAAGUUAUUUAGUACUUUAUCAGUGGACGUGUACUUCAUGAAUUCCAGUGGUCAGUGUAACAGAAUAACAACUACCUCUAAUGCUCUGGCUUUGAUUAUUUAUAAACCUCUUCCUUAUAUAAGGAUUUUAUUUUAUUAUUAAAGAAUUAAUCUUAUAAAAAUAUGUGCAAUGAUGACUGAUAUUUGGUAUAAAAUUUAGCUGAAAUCACACUGUUAAUUGACUAUAAUUAUUUGUACUUAUUGCACUUAUUACUUGUAUAAGUCUCACUUUGUUAAUACUGUGUCAGGAUGGUGUGCUGGAGUUGGAACAAUGUAAACUAGUGUAUACUAUAAAUGAAAAAGUCAUGUAAUUCCCUGUGUGCAUUUUUUUGCUAAUUAAAUAUCUGGUCAUGAUGAAA